GCCACGUCCAAGAAGCCAUGACAGCUGGUCUCAAAACCGUCAUCCUUCUCUCAUUCAUCCUGGCCGCAGGUUUCCUGCUGGUCAUCCUGUCGUGUGCGCUCUGGGCAAACUGGUUGCCCCUCCUUGUCGCCCUCACAUUCAUCCUCGCGCCGUUCCCCAACUGGAUAUGCUCUCGCUGCGCCUCGGCCGACGACCUUUCUCCAGAAUUCAACUCUGCCUAUAUCGACUUUGGCCGCUUCCUCACCGGUAUGCUUGUGAUGACCGGUCUUUCCCUCCCCUUGCUACUCACCCACUCUGCCUUGAUCCAGCCCGCUGCUUGCUGGAUGUCGAUUGCGGGCGGUAUGCUCGUCUACGGCACGAUACUAGUCUACGCCGGAUGGUUUGGAGGCGGUAACGAGGAAGAGUUUUAGAGAGGUGUGGGGAGGUUGAGCGCUGUUGAGAGUGUGCAUAAGUACGGGUUUAUUGUAAUGCAUCGCAUAACGUCCAGG